GAUGGUGGGAACUGGGAUCUGGAAGUGGUCAGACGUGUGUUGAAGAUUCAAGUGCUUUUGGAGUGGAUAAAUCUUACUUGAUAAAUGGGAGUCUGAACAAUUUUUCAACCACGAUUUUAACUAGCCUGUGACAUUUCUCACUGGGAACCAGCAGCUUCGGAGAACUGAUAGCACCUGAACGCAACCUACAAUUUGUAUAAUCGCCCUGUAUAGAAGCAAAUGUACUGUUGACCUGGCUGCUCUUUGUCAAGGACACCUCCAUGAACAACCUGAAUGACCCUCCUAGAUGGAACAUUGGGCCAGACCCACAAGGAGGUGCCGCUGAAGGGAACCAGUGGAACUAUGCCCUCCUGGUUCCAAUGCUGGGCCUGGCAGCCUUUCGCUGGGUAUGGACCAGAGAGUCCAAGAACGAGAUCCUGAAGGUCAAGGCCCAGUACGACCAGGAUAUGUCUGCCGUGACCUCCGACCUAGAGAUGAAGUACAGGCACGCGCUGACAGAGAGCCAACGGGCAGCGGCCGUCUUGGAACUGGAGCUGGAGAAGGAGAGGCAGAGGGUAGAGGGUUACCGCCAGGCCCUCGUCUCACAGAGCCAACGGGUCACAGACGAACGCAAGAAGCUGCAGUUGGAACGAGAGGUCCUAGAGCAGGAGAGGACAGAGCUCGUAAAAUCCGGUGCUGCAGGGGCCCUCCUUCAGCAUGCGCUGAAAAAAGAGGCCGGGUGGCACCAGAAGGCUUCGGCCUUGCUGAAAGACCUGGAGGAGGACCUGGUGGAGAGGCAGGGAGCCUACUGCAACUUGUUGCUGCCCAGGGAACGAAGGCUGGAGAUGGAGAAAAACCUACUCCUGAAGGUGGUGAAGGAACCACCAGGGGGCAGUAUAGAUCUGGAGGGCGACCUGAAGGAUAUCUUUAAGAAUGACCACUACUGUGCUAAAGGCAAUCUUCUCGUCAACAGGGACAAAAGGAAAAAUGGGAGCCUGAUGUGGGUUUACCUCAGAUACUGGCAGCUCCAGGUAACCAUGGAAAUGCAUAAACGUGCUGAGGAGUCAAUCCUGGGCGUAACACUGGAAAAUAAGAAUGACAACCUCAAGUGACCUUGAAACUAUAGUGAAGUUAAGUGUAUAGCAUCCUUGUAUAUCGCUGUUCUUGAUUGCACAAAUGUUUUAUUUUUGACUAA